AUGGCGCCCGAUGGGCGCCUUCUUUUUGCUGGCUCGAGCCCAGCCAACGUGGGCUUCGCCCGCACCUUCUGAACUUCAGCCAUGCUCCCACCGCCGCUCGAGUCCCGUCUAGGCCCUGCCACCCUGCAACGUGAGGGGACCCUGCCCGGGAAGGGACCCUGCCCUAUGUACACUGUGGUUCAGUUGCCCCCUGGGAAGGACGGUGAUAGUAGGACCACUUCCUCAUUUGCCUCUCAUUUGUCUUAUUUAGAAAGUGAGAAAAACAGCGAGCGAGAGAGACUCUGGGAAGCUCAAAGCAUGGAGAAAGCUAAAGGAAAAGUAAAAUAUCUUCAGCAAGCCAGGAGAAGAGAAGAAAUACUAGCUUUCCUGAGGAAACAGAGAGAAGAAAGGAUUGCAAAAGAGCUGAUUUCUCAUCCGCAUAAACCAAAGAUCAAAACUGAUCAAGUAAGCAGGCUGAAGGUGUCUGAAGCUGACCUUAUGGAUCAAGAAGCAAUAAAGGCUCUUAAAUAG